GGCGUGAGGCUGCCUUUCCCGAGGACUACACAUUCCUCCCUUCUAGGAAACAGUCUGAGCACCAGACUUCUGCACACUGCAGUCAUGUGCACAACAAGUAUUAGGAGAGGGGAUGGAAAUUCCUUUUUCAAGAGRCUUCGGCACCUGUUGGAGUUCUGAUGUUUUACUUUCAGUUGAAGAACAGCUCAGUCCUCGCUUUCUCUGCUAUCAACCACAGGGAGCAUCACAUUUCCAAAAUCUGUGAAGUUUGAACAAGCGGCCUUCCCAAGAUGUACCGAAUAUCUCAACUGAUGUCAACACCAGUAGCAAGCUCCACCAGGUCCAACAGAGAAUGUACUGGAGAGCUGGCUCCCUCCUGCAUUUUCCCAAGCCUGGCCUUCGACUUCCUGGACGGUGGGAGUCCCUUCGAAUGCUGCUCCAUCGACCCCUUGACAGGCUCCCAUUACGCCUGUCGCCGCAGCCCCAGACUCCUCACCAACGGCUACUAUGUGUGGACGGAGGACAGCUUCCUGUGUGACCAAGACGGCAACAUAACUCUGAACCCCUCCCAGACCACCGUCAUGUACAAGGAGAACCUGGUCAGAAUAUUCAGGAGGAAGAAGAGAAUCCGCCGCUCCCUUCCUUCUCUCUUCAGYCUCAGUGCCUCCCAAUCCUGGCUGUGUGGAAGUGUCUUGGGUGAUUCUGAUACUCCCCCCCAUGAGGACAUCUGGCUGGAGGGUGCCAGGAGGCUGGAUCCAUACCACAGCAGCGAGAAUGAAGGGGAUUUCAACUGUUCUUCUCUGAUUGACAACCUGGAGAAGCCAAAGGCAGCAUCUGUGACAGCCUCCACUUCCAGCCAAAUCACAUCUCAGCCUCCCAGAGGAAGCUCCCAGGACACCCUUCAGUCCCUGUGGAAUGCCCCUGGAGGUUUGCAAGAGAACAUUGUGGAUCCUCCACAAACCAGUGUGUUUCCGGGUGUCUCCUUUCAGGCGGUGCUGCUUACAGCAUGCUUCAUCAUUUCUCUAUGUGCAAGAUGGUGGAUUGGAGGAGUAUUAUCCAGUGUCUUCACGUGCACGCUGGUGAUAACAAUUGCUUAUGUUGUCCAGUCAUUGUUCCUCAGCCUCGCCAGCUAUUUCAAAGCCACCGCCCAUGCCUGGUUUGCCAGAAUUUGACAACCAUUUAGGAAUGCCUCUGAUGAAUCUCUUCCAUCUGAAUAUCCGGAAAUUGUCCAACUUGCAGUCUGCUUGGAAUUGACUGUUAUAUUUGCAAGGGAGUAAGCAGCUGGAUGAUGGAGGGGGGGAGAAACAAAUUUGGCUAUGGGACUUCUGUUUAAACCCUCAGUUUCCCCUCACAAUGGUAACAUGCUUAUGAGAAACAUAUGAAUUUGCUUUUCCUUUGCGAACACUGGAGGUUGAAAAGGAAAGGACGAGGGUGGGUGAGAGGGAACAGAGCGCUGGAGUGAAUGGCCCUGUCACUCCCUCAGGCCCUGGUUCUCAAGCAUUAAUUUUCACUGGAGAAUCCUGUGUGGGGCUUGUAGAAGGGUGGAUUCCUGGGUGUGCCAGCUGGUGGG